AUGGCCAUUCCGGUGGGCCCUGUUAUCAUGUUGUUGCUCUUCACGUGGUGUUUGUUGAUAGGGUGGGGGUGUACAGAUACACGAUAAGGGGAAAUAAAAGCAGGCAGACAGAGGAGCAGGAGAGACCCACUUAGAGCUACAGAAUUCAGCAGUGACGGAAACAGGCUCACACGUAGUCAGGGUCACACAGACGGAACAGGAAUUCAGUCAGAAGAUUGAAAAGAAAAUGAGGCAUUUAGGACUUGUGACAUUUGCUUCCUUGUUUUUGGUGGCAGCAGCAAACCCACUGGUUUAUAACAUGGUCAGCACCAGGAAAGGCCCACAGUGGGGGUUCUUCCAUCACACUGCCAAUCAGGCUGCAGACAAAACAGGGCCCACCAACAAUGUAAACUGGAUGUGGAAAAGUAGCAUAGAGGACAGCAGACAACACACCCAGGAGUCUGAGGAGGAGCACAAGAGAAAUCUGGAGGCAGAGCGCCUUCAUGUGCGGCUGCGGCAGGAGCUGGCUGAGCUGUGGGAGAAGUUGCACCCCUACACCGAUACCCGAGCUUGCUUGGGCACCCUCAUCCACCAGCUCCAGGAGACACUCGGAUCCAGCGCCCAGGAGCUCUGCAACCGCCUGCACCAAUAUGUCCAGGAGCCAGAGCCAUCAAAGGGCCUCACACUUUCCCCGGAGGCCAUGCAGUGGAUCAACCAGACCAUGGAGAAUGCCAAGCAAGAGAUGUUUUUGCAUCUAGAGGAGUUCCAGGAGCAGAUCUUGAGAGUGCUGGGGUCAAACCAGGGCGGAAGAAGCUCCCAGCUGGGGCAAGAGGUCAAAUCAUUUGGGGAAAUGCUACACAACAAGCUGCACGAGCCCCUAGGGAAGGAUGGAAGCAUCUCCAGUAGUGUGGGACAGUUUUGUCACAGCAUCAAAGCCCAUAUCCAGGAGCUCAGCACACGCUUGGAGCGGCACCGGGAAAGUGUGGAGCAGAAUCAGGGCCCAUCACUGCAGCCCAGCAGUGAUUCCCCAUCCCUGGGGGAAGAGUUCUCCACAAAACUCAACAUUCUGCUUCAGGACAUCUUGCAAAACCUGCACUGACCUGACAGAGUACUAAAUCAGAGCAUGUGAGAGACUGCAGAAUACCCAAUUCUUAACCAGAAAAUCCCAGCUGACUUGGAGAUAGGGCUGUUGAAUGACUGAAUUCAAGAGGAGUGGAGCAGGUCAGAUUAACCUUGUGUGCCUCACAAUGUAUGGUUCAGACUUUCCCAGGAAACUCUGAGCCACGAAGAGCAGUACUACAGCCAUGUGCCUGAUAAGAUUUUAUGUUACAUCACAAGUGAGACUCUGUUGAGACUGUUUAACUUAUGUGUGUGAAUAUGGAUUUUUUCUAAGGAAAUGUGUCUUUGCUCAGGGGGGCGCGGUGGCGUAGCGGGUUGGACCGAGUCCUGCUCUCCAGUGGGUCUA